UUGUACAAAAUGGAAGUUUUUUCAAUAGAAUAUAAUUAAAUGUUUUCAUCUUUAUUGUUGUCUCUGAAAAGAAAAGGGUUUAUAAGCAAGAGAAACUGGCCAUGGAGUUAGAUGUCAGUGUUACUGAGGGUUUAGUUCUGAAGAUUUUGAUUUUGUCUGUUUGUUGUAAUCCUCAUAUCAUGGCUGUAGCUGCUAAUUCUCAGUCAAGAGAGCUUGAUCAAACCCCAACAUGGGCUGUUGCUACUGUUGUUGCUAUUAUUCUUAUAAUCUCAAUUUCGUUAGAAAAAGUUUUACAUCGACUUGGAAAAUGGUUUACGGAAAGGCAUAAGAAGGCCCUCUUUGAGGCUCUUGAGAAGGUUAAAUGCGAGUUGAUGGUUCUAGGUUUCAUUUCCUUACUCCUCACAUUUGGGCAGGGCUAUAUUGCUAGAAUCUGUAUUCCCUUGAAGGCUGCAGAGACAAUGUUGCCAUGCCCUGCUAGGCACGUUGAAGAGAAAGACGACGAUAAAAAAGAGGAGCAUCGGAGACUCCUAUGGGUUGCUCGCAGGAUUUUAGCUGCUGGGGCUGGGGGUGGAGAAGUUUUCAAAUGCAAUCCUGGGUUCGAGCCACUAAUUUCUGAACAUGGAAUACAUCAACUUCACAUUUUCAUAUUCUUUUUAGCAGUCUUUCAUGUAGCAUAUAGUGCUACGACGAUGGGGCUCGGAAGGUUAAAGAUUCGUGGAUGGAAGGAAUGGGAGAAAGAAACUUCAUCGCACGACUAUGAAUUCUCAAAUGACCCUUCAAGAUUCAGGCUUACACACGAGACAUCUUUCGUGAGAAUUCAUUCCAGAUGGUGGAAUAGGAUUCCUGUCAUCUUUUACUUUGCUUGCUUCUUUAGACAAUUUUUCAGAUCAGUUCGCAAGGCUGACUACUUGACCUUGCGUCAUGGAUUUAUCAGUGUUCAUUUAGCUUCUGGAAGUACAUUUGACUUUCAAAAAUAUAUUAAAAGGUCAUUGGAAGAUGAUUUCAAGGUGGUUGUGGGAAUUAGUCCUGUUUUAUGGGGUACGCUUGUUAUCUUUUUGCUUCUCAAUGUUAGCGGAUGGCAGGCACUGUUUUGGGCAUCUAUCAUUCCUUUACUGAUUAUCUUAGCAGUUGGAACAAAGCUUCAAGCUAUAAUUACAAAAAUGGCUCUUGAAAUCACUGAAAGGCAUGCAGUGGUUCAAGGAAUUCCUCUUGUCCAAGUCAGUGAUAAACAUUUCUGGUUUUCCAGGCCUCAGUUGGUCCUCUAUCUCAUCCAUUUCACUCUGUUUCAGAAUGCGUUCCAGUUAACAUACUUCUUUUGGAUAUGGUUUGAAUUUGGGUUGAAAUCUUGCUUCCAUCAAAAUUUCACACUUAUAAUUAUAAGAAUUGCUCUUGGGGUGGCAGUACAACUUCUGUGCAGCUACGUUACACUUCCACUCUAUGCCUUGGUAACUCAGAUGGGUUCGACAAUGAAGAAAUCAAUCUUUGAUGAACAAACGUCAAAGGCGAUUAUGAAAUGGCGAGCAGCUGCAAAAAAGAAGAAUGUAGGAAAGUCUACUAGGAGCACUGGUCCAUCAGUGACAAGUACCCCUUCACACCCACUUCACCGGUUUAAGACAACUGGUCAUUCAACACGCUCAUUUAUGUCUUCCUUAUCUAAUAAGGCAUACUCUGAUACUGAGCUGUCAGACAUGGAAACUGACCAUUCACCAGAAUCAGCAACAGCAACUCUUAUCGCUAAUAUGGAACGAGGCGAUGUGGAGUUAGAGUCUGAAAUAAUAGAAGAACAUACUCGUAAUGAGGACGAUUUCUCAUUCGUUAAACCCGCAUUAAGAUGAUAACUGUAAAUUUUAGUACUUUCUCUUCAUUGCGGUACAUGUAAUGAGAGUUUUAAACUGUCUGAUUUUCUGGGUGCUCCAUUGAUUUUUACUGUACCCAAGUAUUUGAUUCUAGGAAAAUUUCCAACUUGUAUAAAUGUGAUUAAUUAUUAAUCAUGUGUUCUGUUCCUAGAACACCAGCAUUUUUUGUGUGCAUAGUUUUCAUAA